AUGUCCAGCGGAGCUAUCACCAACGAAGGAAUCACUGACCCAUUGCACCGUGUUAAACAGGUCAGUCCUAAUUUCCUUAGCUGUUUCCUGCUUUCAAAUGUUCAACAAAUGGGGGAUUUAUCUAAAUUUUGCAUGAUUUACUCGAAAAUUUUUUAUUUAGUGGAUUUAAUUGUUCGGAAAUGCAUUUAUUUAUUGAUAUUUACAUUGCCGGUGACUAUGUGAUGCAUAUAUUAUGAUGUUAUAUUUACAUGAAAUGUAUUUUUCGCUGUUGAAUAUCAUAUUUCAAACUUUACGUGGGGUUUUGGGACAUGGAUAAUAUAAUUGCUAAAUUUUUGCGACUGAAAAUUUUGUUUUAAAAGUUACAUUAUAUUAUAGAUUCAGUAAGAAAUUUGAAUGCAAUGAACAAUGCCUUUGUUAUUAUAUUUGUUUAGCUCUCUACUGUCCAUAAUCAAUCAAACGGCUCCAUCAAGCGACCAAGUUCUGACGAUUUGAAUUGUACGUGUAACGAGGAUUUUAUUUAUUCGCGACCACAUUUCGUAUUAUGAUUCUUAUGAUUGAUGCGUUUGUUUAACUUUUACAUUUUCUUUUUUACGUAUUUAUAAUCUUUCUUGUGGGGUUGGGUGAUUUUUUGGCUCAUCGUAGAUUUUAUUAGUUGUGCCUUUAGAAUAGUUUUUUUAAAUGUUUAGACAAUAGAGUAAUAUCUAAAUUUUAGUGCACCCAGCUAAACGACCAAACGGUGAAAUGGCUGGCAUGGGAAUGGGUGGUCAGCUGAACGAACCUCUGAUGGACACAAUCCAGAUUCCCGAGAACGUGGUCGGACUUGUCAUUGGAAGGGGCGGAGAACAGAUCUCCAACAUCCAACAACAGUCCGGAUGUCGAGUCCAAAUGGCCCAAGAUGCACAAGGAAAGGGGUUCCGGGUGUGCACUCUGCAUGGGUCUAGAACUUGUAUUGAUCGAGCCAAGCAAUUGAUUGGGGAUGUGAUCAACAAGAAGCAAACUGGAGCUAAUGGAAUUCCUCAACAAAACUUUCCUGGACUUGGGCAACCUACUAUCACUCAUGAAAUGCUAAUUCCUGGGAAUAAAUGUGGCCUGAUUAUUGGAAAGAGUGGAGAAACCAUCAAGGGACUUCAGGUAAGACUCCAUUAAUGUUAUUAAUUUUAUUUUUAGGAACAAAUUGGAUGCAAAAUGUUGCUGGUCCAAGAGAGUCAGCAUGUUUCUCAACAUCCAAAGACCUUGAGAAUUUCUGGAUCUCCUGAUAAAGUGGAGCAAUGCAAGAGAGCUGUAGAACAACUGAUCAGCGAAGGUGGUAACGCCUCUUCGAUUACAUCCAUGAUUCAACAAAAGUCUGUUGGAGAAGUGAUCGUUCCCCGUUCUGCUGUUGGUAUCAUCAUUGGAAAGGGUGGAGAAACAAUUAAGAGACUUGCUCAGGAAUCAAACACCAAGAUUCAAUUCAAGCCUGAUGGUAGGUUAUGUUCUGUUUAAAGAUUACUCGUUUGCGUUUUCUAAGAGCCAAGUAAUUGCUGGCCUUCUGGUUCUUUUAAUGAGCAAGUUUUUUGUGAUUUAUUUGAAUCGGAAUUACGACCAUUACAAUUAUUAGGUGUCAUAAGGACGCUAGAACAUGUUUGAACCAAAAUCAUGGAGAGCUUAUCGAUUGAGUCAAAUUUCUCUUAAUUUUUGUUCGUACAAACAAAAUUGAAUUUUUGGUUAUAUGAUAUUUUUUCAACUCAUAUUUUUAAACGUUUUUUAGAAGAUCCAAAUGCUUCGGAGAGAUGUGCCGUUGUUCAAGGAACUCCUGAACAGAUCACUCGAGCCACUCAAAUGAUCUGGGAUUUGGUUCAAAGAUCCUCCGGCAAUCAAGCGACAGAGGUCUGUCUGAUGCAUGUCCCUGCUAACAAGACUGGCUUGGUCAUUGGAAAAGGCGGAGAGACCAUUAAGCAGAUCUGCAAUGAAUCCGGAGCUCAUGUCGAAUUGUCCCGUGACCCUCCCCCAAAUGCCACUGAGAAGGUGUUUGUAAUCAAGGGAUCUCCAUACAACAUACAUUGUGCCCAGCAUAUUAUUCGCAUUAAGGUUGGAGACAUCCCACCAGGGACACCGGUGCCACCAAUGGGGGCUGCUGCUCAAACUGGAGGGCAAUACCAGAGUUCGCAGUACGGAGGCUCCGGAGAUCAGUAUCAGAAUCAAUGGUCUCAAAAUGGCUACGGUAAGUAGUUUUGUUGCCCUUACAUUUUAAAAUCGUCGAUAGUAUAUUUUAAUUUUGCAGGCGGUGGUAACAAUCAAUAUGGCGGUGGUGCUCCAGCUUAUCAAGCUGCUCAAACAGCACAGCCUGCAGCCCAGGCUCAACCAGGCCAAAACGCACAAAUCAACCCUCAAACUGGUCAACCCGACUAUUCGGCUCAAUGGGCAGAUUACUAUAGAUCCGUUGGAAUGCACGAACAGGCAGCUAUCAUCGAGCAACAAAUGAAGGGAAGACCCGCAGGCGGCGCUGGUCAGCCACAACAGCAAGCUGGUCGAAACCAAUAUUAUCCACAUCAAGCUUAA